GCAUAGUUAAAUAUUUCUUAAUAUAGUUUGAAUGUGGUGGGACCAACAUUGCUGUGAAGCGAGAUGAUACAGAACUUCAGAUGUAGUUUUAAAUUAAUAAUUUAAUUUGUUUUUAAAGAUAAAAAGAAUUUAUAACAUGUAUAAUAUAAUCAGUACAAAAAGUAAUUUCUGGGAUUUUCAUCUUGUAGUUUUGUUGUCAGUUCGAUUGCAAUAGGUUUUGCUUCGUUUCUAAUAGAUUGGUGUACUGGUUCGUUAAAUUUAACAAGUGAGCGACGGACAGCGCUCAGCGGUGCUAAUUCAAUUCAAUACAAAGAGUAUGUAUGAUUCGUUCAACACUCUCUGCUAUGUUCAGUAGAUCGUGGUAGAUAGCGUGUUCUGAAAUAUUAUUGGAGCACGGUGCGAUAUAUUCAUAUUCGCACAAUUAUUGAACGUAAUGUGUGCUAAGGGUAGUGAGUAACAUAUAAUCAGUGGGUACGAAAGAUCUUUGGUUUGCAUAGUAAGAAAACUCCAGUGUAAAACAUGGUGAGAGAAAAUAAUGGAGAAAAGGACAUAACAGUAAAGAAGCGAAGGAGUAAAGGAACAAGUAAUUCAUCUGUACAUCAAUCUAGUGGAGCAGAAACCGAUGUGUACCAG